AGUGUCGUUUAUCAGUAUAUUCUAAGCGUUGUGAGAAGUUUGUAGACAAAUUGUGGAAACGUUGAACAUUAAGAAAUCAACAAAUUGAGACUUAUAAUUAUUCUUGUGUUGAUUAAUUUAACGCUAUCGCUAACACUUUAUUUAUUUGUUAUACGUGUCCAAAUAUUCAACUCAAUUUCCAAUAUCAAUAUAAUAGUAGUAUUAUAGUAUAGUAGAAACUUGUGACAUUACACUACCAUGUAAUCAUUGAUUUCAUUGGAAAUAUUUAAAAGGCUAUGGUUAUAAUUGGUCGCAAAAGAAUUGUUUUGGUGGGAUUCUAAAUUUGGUCUUUGUGUAAUUAUAAAAUAUAGUUAGCGAAAAUGUCUGUGUUUUUCGUAAAUGCUAAUCAGGAUAGCGAAGUAGAAGGAGACUCAAAUGGUGACUUGCAAAUUGCAUCACCAGGUAGUUCCGAAGCCCAACAAUGCUUGGCUCAGUUCUGGCCAAAAGUUACGGAGGAAAUCAAGAAGAUCACAACUAUGGACCUGAAAACACAAUCCUUGCCAUUAGCAAGGAUAAAGAAGAUUAUGAAGUUGGAUGGAGAUGUAAAAAUGAUAAGCGCUGAAGCUCCUAUGCUCUUUUCCAAAGCAGCAGAGAUUUUUAUACAUGAACUGACUCUACGAGCUUGGGUGCAUACAGAAGACAACAAACGACGUACACUCCAACGGAACGAUAUCGCUAUGGCGAUCACAAAAUAUGAUCAGUUUGAUUUUCUCAUAGACAUAGUACCGAGGGACGAACUGAAGCAGAGCAAAGCACAGGCCGACAGCACUGUACGUACAUCCAUGAACUCUGAUCAGGUGCACUAUUACUUUCAAUUGGCACAACAACAAGCUUCAGCCAAUCAAAAUGUGCAGAAUAAUAGCAGCACCACACAGCCCAUACAAAUUGUGCAGCCUUCCGCCGGUCAAAUCCAAACGAUCAAUAUCGGGAGUCCCGUUGAACAAGAAGCUGCCAGUACGAAUACAACACAGACUGUCACAGUACAAAGUCCACAGCAGUCGUCUGGUCAGCAAAUUAUUCAGUUGCAACAAGCACAACAAUCACCCAGCUCACAAACUGGAGGACUACAAAUCAUACAGCAAGUAGUUGCUCCGAGUGGUGAAGUUCAGAACAUACCUGUAAGUAAUGAAGUUCAGAACAUCCCUAUUCAAUUGACACCCCAACAACUACAGAUGAUUCGUAUGCAAGUACAAGGCGGCAGUAAUCAGCCGAUAAUAAUACAGACCGCUCCAAUACAAACUCAGCCACAACUUAUACAGGUUGCACAAGGCGCGCAAGCUCCGGUUUUCAUACAGACCACUAGUGCCGAUACUGAAUAAUAUUCAUUAUCAUACUUUUAGAAUAAAAUUAAGUUGAUAAUUUUAAAAUUAUUAAACUAUGUCAUAAUUUUGAAGUAUAAGAAAUAAUUAUCAUAUGCGAGAAAGUAAAUAUAUUUCUCUUGUAAA